AUGGCUGCUGUCCUGAUGGUAAAAGCACGGCAAAAGGACAUCAUAAUGAAGGAUGUGGAUGCGUAUAUGCGCAAUAUGGAUGUUGUCCAGAUGGAAAGACUUCUGCCAAAGGAGCUGGAUUCUAUGGAUGCCCUGAUAGCUGUGCACAGAGUAGGCCAGUUUGGAUGUUGUCCUGAUGGUAAGACACCUGCUCGAGGAUCUCAUAAAGAAGGAUGUCCGUGCCAAUAUACUCGUUAUGGAUGCUGUCCCGACGGAGAAACCACGGCUCUUGGACCAAGAAACGAUGGUUGUGAUGACUGUAGAUAUGCUAAGUACGGUUGCUGUCCGGACGGCGAAAGCAAGGCAAUCGGUCCCGACUACGCCGGUUGCCCAUCAACAACACUGGCACCCUUCUUGCUUGGUGGCACUGUGGCACCGUCGAAAAUUUCGUCAUGUGCCUUGCCUCAGGAUCAAGGAACCGUUUGCUCGUCCGGGUAUAAACUUGUGUGGUACUAUGAUACGGCAGAAGGACGUUGCUCACAGUUUUGGUAUGGAGGAUGUGACGGUAACGACAAUCGCUUUGCCACUAAAGAGCAGUGUGAGACGAUCUGUGUAGAACCGCCCGGAAUCGGUGAGCUAAAUUUCUAG